AUGGGUGGCCUCAACUUAGAAGUUUUCAAGUUUGGCAUGUACGUCAUGUUUCCUAUUGGGAUCAUGUACUACUUCGGCACGAACCUCGACAACCGAUUCGCAGUUCCAGACUUCUGGCCGAAACCCGAGCAGGCGAACAAGGUGCCGUUGGAGAGGGACGAGAUCCACGCUGAGCUGGAGAGACUGAGGGCCCGAAGACUCUUCGUCAGGGACAGAAGAUUGGCAGAGGAGGCAAGGCAACAGCAGCUGCAGGCACAGGCGCAAGCGCAAGAUCAAAAUGACUCCCAGUCAUAG